AUGAGAGACCUGAGCUUUGAAGGCCUGGGGCUGAAUGAGGCUAGGUUUCAGGCAGAGGCAGGUCAGGCCAGGGGCCCCUGGAAGGAGGUUGACUUGCAUAUCCGCCUUGACGGGGACCCCACCACCUUUAAAGACAGCAAGACUGUGAUUGGUUGGCACGUUCUUCCCAAAGUCAAGCCCCAGUUUGCCUUCUUGGGAUGCCUUCUGCAGUUCUGCGAGUUGGCAUGCUUUAAGGACCUGGGCCUCGAGGGGACCCUCCUCACCGACAUCCUCUAUAGAAAUGUGACCUUCCUCAAUCUGGUGGACCCUAUCUCCCAUGACCUGCUCGUGAACCUGGCCCGUGACCUGCAGUGCCCCAAGACGGACUAUGAGCUCUGGAAGUCCUCGGACAAGAUCUGCCGGCAGCUCAUCUACCACCUCACCCCUCACUCCAAGCGGCAGCGAGGAUCCAGCCUGCUCCAGAGGAAGACCCAGAGCUGCCUCAAGAGCAGCCUCGAGAUGACUCAGCUGGUGGGGGAGACCAUGAACCUUUCCGGGAUCCCACUGUCGGCGCGGGACGUGCAGCACAUCGUGCGCUACCUAGGAAGGCGGGGAGCUGGGCUCGCGGUGCUGGACCUGAGUUUCACAGGGCUGAGUGACGAGCUGCUGCGCCAGCUGCUGCCCAGCCUCUGGACACUGCCCUGCCUCACCCAGCUUCUGCUCAAUGGCAACAGGCUAACAAGGGCCACUGUCCGCGAGCUCACUGAGGCUGUCAAGGAUGCCACCAAGUUCCCCUCGCUGGCCUGGGUAGACCUGGGGAACAAUGUGGACGUGGCCUCCUUGCCCCAACCCCUGCUGGUUGGCCUGCGCCGGCGGCUGAGCCAGCGCACCUCACUGCCCACCAUCUACGAGGGCCGGGACCUGGAGCCUGAGGGCAGUGCAGCCGGGGGCACUUCGGCUGCCUCCACCUGGGGCUCUGCGGCUGCUGGGCCAGGGUCAGAGGCCCUGGCCUGCUGCACGAGGUGACCCACCACCACCCUGGCUGCUGCUACCUGACUGCCAGUGGCACAGGGGAUGGGGGGAUGAUGGAGGCCUUCUAAGUCCCCAGAAAUCCAGUGGAAAUGCUCAGCCUGAGCUUAAGGGGAUGGAAGGAGAAUGGGUUCCCUAUAGGCUACAUGAUCAGCCCAGGAUGGAGUCUCAGACUUCCCUCAGCAGGAGGGCCCAGCACCUGCUCUGCCCAUCCCACAGUAAACAGCGAUGCCCCGCUCUGCCUCA